CACCAUCCAGUGUAAUACAUCACUCUAUCAUUUCAACAUUAAUCGUUGUUGUUUCAUCAUUGAUAAAUUAUCAUCAUCAUUGAUUUUAAUUGAUAUUUAUUCGCGUCAUUGUACCUUAAAAAACAAUAUAUAAUUACAUUAUAUUAUUGUGCUGUCUCAUUUGUUUUUUUUUAUUUGUUGGUCAACAUAAAAAAAAUUGUUGACCAGUCAUGGUAUUGAACAAUAAUACUGGUACUGGUGAUGAUAGUGAUACACCACCAUCGAAUCCACCACCAGCACCACCCAUCGAUAGUAAUGAACGAACAGAAUCAAUGUCUUCUUUUCAAUCAAUCGAUUUAAAAGAUAAUCAUCAAUCCAACAAUAGAAAUCAUACAAAUGACCAACAAAAUGACAAAAAUGUUAUACAACUUGAUAGCAAUCUUGAUCCACCAACUAAAACCGAAAAAAAUGAAAACAAUACGUUAGUGAUGGUUGUUAAAGAUGAUAAAGAAAAAAAGAAUAAGGAUGACCAAGUUAAAUCAGUUUCAUUUUUUAAAUUGUUUCGUUAUGCAUCGACAUUGGAUAAAAUAUUCAUUGGUUGCGGAAUUUUUUUCGCCUUUAGUCUUGGCCUUGGUUUUCCAUCCAUUAUUCUGGUUAUGGGCCAUUUAACCGAUAUAUUUGUUGAAUAUGAUAUAUUUCAUCAAUUUGCCACCAACAAACCACCUGGAUAUGAUACUUUUUAUGAACAAAAUUUAACAAACAUCAAUAAUGUUGAUGAGUUUUAUAAUUUGACGGCCGCAUACUACAAUAGUUUUGAUGAUAAAAGCGAUUUUGAUCAACUACGUUCACGAACUGGCCUCAGUGUUGAACAUAUUGUCAACAUAUUCAAUGAUUCGAUAUUUCAUAAUGGAACUCUAUAUGUUGAUAAUUUUCGUACCGAUUCCGGCCUUUACGCUCUCUAUAUGGCACUCAUUGCAAUCGGUUUUGGUAUUCUUGAUUAUUUCGCUUUAGGCCUUUGGGAACAAGCCGCACGUAAUCAAGUAUAUCGAAUCAAAUUAUUGUUCUUUAGAUCAAUAAUCCAUCAAGAUAUCGCCUGGUUCGAUACGAAAGCAUCGGGUGAUUUUGCUUCAAAAUUGACCAAUGAUUUGAAUUUAGUGCAACAAGGUAUGGGUGACAAAGUCGCCCUUACCAUCAUGUCGUUUUCAACGUUAAUUUUUUCAAUCUGCAUUGCAUUCUAUCAUGGUUGGGAAUUAACUUUGGUCACAAUGUCCAUUAUGCCAGUACUUGGCAUUGCUUUUGCUGUUAUCGGAAAGGUUCAAGUAAAAUUUGCAGCUAGUGAAUCGAAUGCUUACGGUAAAGCCGGUGCAAUUGCUGAAGAAGUGUUUAAUUUGAUCAGAACUGUGCAUGCGUUUGGUGGACAACAAAAAGAAAUUGAACGAUACAAUAAAAACAUUGAACCUGCUCGUCGUAAUGGAAUCCGUCGUAGCAUGUUUACUGGUAUCAGUCUUGGUAUUAUGUAUUUUGCCAUUUAUUCAUCGUAUGGCUUAUCGUUCUGGUACGGUGCACGUUUGAUUGUACGAUCCAUCAAGAAUGGUGAAACGCCACCAAAAUAUCAAGCUAGUAAUAUGCUGAUCGUUUUCUUCAACGUAUUGAUGGGUGCAUUUAGUCUUGGUCAAACAUCUCCAUAUUUUGAAGCCAUUGGCAGAGCUUGUGGUGCUUUUGGCAAUAUUUUUCAAAUCAUUCAGCAAAAACCAAAAAUCGAUUCACUGUCACAGUUAGGAAAACGAGUACAGAUUCGUGGUCGAGUUCAAUUUCGAAAUGUUCAUUUUAAUUAUCCAUCUCGCCCAGAAGUUUCUAUUUUAAAUGGUAUAAACUUGGAUGCUGAACCUGGUCAAACCAUUGGAAUCGCUGGUUCUUCUGGCAAUGGAAAGUCAACAAUCAUGCAAUUGAUUCAACGUUUUUAUGAUACUAAUAAAGGACAAGUAUUGAUCGAUGGACAUGAUAUAAAAGAUUUAAAUGUCGGUUCGUUACGUGAUCAAAUCGGCGUCGUAGGACAAGAACCGGUUUUGUUUGGCUAUUCUAUCGAGAAAAAUAUUGCAUUUGGUCAUCCGGAAGCCAAUUUUGAGGAGGUGGUUCAGGCAGCGAAAGAAGCCAACGCUUAUGAUUUCAUACAAAAUCUACCCGACAAAUUCAAUACAUUGGUUGGUGAACGAGGAGCUCAAUUGUCUGGUGGACAAAAGCAACGUAUUGCCAUAGCUCGAGCAUUGAUUAGACGACCGAAAAUUCUGUUGCUAGAUGAAUCGACAUCGGCGUUGGAUUCAGAAAGCGAAAAAAUCGUUCAGGCAGCAUUGGACCGCGCUAGUAUUGGUCGUACCACAUUCAUUGUAGCUCACCGAUUGUCGACAAUUCGUAAUGCCGAUAAGAUUCUUGUUCUUGAUCAGGGACGAGUCAAAGAAUCUGGUACUCAUCAAGAAUUGAUCGACGCUAAAGGCAUCUAUUACAAUAUGGCAAGAUUACAGAAUCAAGACGAAGAACAAGAACAACGACAGUUGCAAGAUGGAAUUCGAAAACGAUCUAUCGCAUAUGCCCAAAGAAGCAAAUCUAUCGAUACUGUACAAACAUCCAUAUCGAGUGCACAUGGAAACGAAGAUGGCCCAAACAAUGAUGAGAAAUCUUUGGAACAGGAGAGUUUACCACUGCGACGAUUGAUUCGUUCAGUGAUGCCCGAUCGUUGCUACUUGAUCACAGCUACAAUAUUUUCAUUUAUCGUUGGUUUGAGUAUACCAGUUUUUUCUUUUAUUUUUGGUGAAGUUCUUGGAGUACUUGCUGCUCCUGAUCCUGAUUACAUAUUGGAUCAUGUAUUGAAAUAUGCUCUGAUUUUUUUGGCCAUGGGAAUUAUUUCGGGCAUAUUGCAAUUUUUACAAUCAUAUUUGUAUGGAAUCAGUUCGGAAAAUCUGACAUAUCGUAUGCGAAACGAUGUAUUUCGUGCCAUUCUUUCACAAGAAGUGGCUUGGUUUGAUCAGCCAGAAAAUACGACCGGGGCUCUUUGUGCUCGACUCUCUAGUGAUGCAUCCGCUGUACAAGGUGCAACUGGUUCUCGUCUAUCAGUAAUGGCUCAAACCGUAUCAAUAUUAACAGCCGGAAUUGUUAUAUCGAUGUUUUAUUGUUGGAAACUAAGCCUUGUAAUGUUGUGUUUCGUACCAGUAAUAUUGAUUUCUGUCUACUUUCAAAUGAAAAUUAUCAUGGGAAUGAACAUAUCCAAACGUAAAGUAUCGGAAGAAGCAACCAAAAUUGCCGUCGAAGCCAUUUCCAACAUUCGAACCGUAGCAUCUUUGCAUUUGGAAUUGACAUUUUGGAUCAAUUAUCAGACUGCAUUGGAUGUUGAUUUCCGAAAAUCUCGUCUUGAACCUCAUAUCAAAAGUUUUACUUUCGGCUUCACUCAAAUGUCUUUCAAUGUCGCUUAUGCUGUUGCUCUUUUUUACGGAAGUCGAUUGAUAAUCCAGAAUGAGCUUUCGUAUUCUGAACUUUUCAAAAGUACUGAAGCUGUUCUUUUUGGUACGAAUAUGAUUGGACAAUCUGUGGCUUUUUCAUCAGAUUAUCAGAAAGGCAAAAUUGCUGCAAUUGCCAUAUUCCGUUUACUUGAUCGUAUACCGACCAUUGUGGUAAAUUCUAUUUUUGGCGAUAAACCUAAUGAAUGUAAAGGAGAGCUGGCAUUUAAAGAAGUGGAAUUCCGUUAUCCAACUCGUCUUCAAGUUCGUGUGCUGAAAGGCAUCGAAUUUGAAGUUUGUCAAGGCGAAACAGUUGCUCUGGUCGGUGAAUCUGGGUGUGGAAAAAGUACUUGUAUGCAGAUAUUGGAACUUUAUGAUUACGAACACGGAGACGUGUUUGUCGAUGACCACAAUAUUCAUCAACUUAAUAUUGCCUGGCUCCGAUCACAGAUUGGUAUUGUUUCACAGGAGCCAGUACUAUUCGACAAAACAAUCGCAGAAAACAUUGCCUAUGGUGAUAAUUCUCGUCUUGUUGACCAGUCCGAAAUUGUUCGAGCCUCGCAAACUGCCUAUAUUCAUGAUUUCAUUCAAUCAUUACCCAAAGGUUAUGAUACAUCAGUGGGCGACAAAGGUGCUCAAUUAAGUGGUGGACAAAAACAACGAAUAGCUAUAGCACGUGCAUUGAUACGCGAUCCGAAGAUAUUGUUACUUGACGAAGCAACAAGUGCAUUAGAUUCGGAAAGCGAAAAAGCCGUACAGAAAGCACUGGAUGAAGCACGUAAAGGAAGAACAUGUUUGGUUAUUGCUCAUCGAUUAUCAACCAUCCGAGAUGUGGAUAGGAUUCUUGUUAUACAAAACGGUCGUGUAGUCGAACAAGGAACACAUGAUCAAUUGAUUGAACGAAGAAGAAUCUAUUAUCAAAUGUACACGGCUCAAUGUGCCCAUUAAUUGUUUAUUUAACCUUAAUCUGUUAUUUUGUUUUUUUUUACAAAUCUAUUUAUCCAUUUCUGUUACAAAAAAAUUAACAUUGAAAAAAUAGUUUCCUAAUUCUUAUUUUAUUAAUUGAUGAAUGGUUUAAUUAAAUUUUCAGCCGAAAUUUGGCUAUAUCAUCUUCCA